CGCGGAAUGACGUCAUGCAUAUCCCACAUGGUACCCAACAUGCAUUUCGCAGACAAAAUGUCGUUCGCCAUAUUGUAAGACAUUCCUAUUGGGUCAACCUUUAUCCGAUGCAAUCAAGGUUGACGCAAAGUGCUAGAAUGAACAGUCAAUGCCUGUUUCAAGUAUGAACGAAGUUUCUUGGAACGACAGCCAAGGGAUGUUGACAAAUUCACGAGAAAUGGCGGGGAUAAGACAAAACCAAGGACCAGGUAGUCGAUCGCAGGACGAUGCCAUGGUUGGCUACUUUUUCCAGAGACCACAAUCGGAUACGGAACUUAUGGGUGGAUACACUAAUAAGCGAUGGGCAGUAGGGGACGACAGUGUCAUAGAACAGGCGAGAGGGAUGCAGGUUCAAGAUUUAGAAAGAGACUUCCAUGGAUUGACACUCUCUCGCGAGAUCAAUCCUUCAAAAAAGAUAUGGGAGGUUGGCGAGGAGGGACACAAGGGAGGGGAUGGGGGCAAGAGUGGCAUCUUCACAGGACACCACCCCUGGACGACGCGGGAUGACACAUGGAGUGGGCCAGAAACCAGUGCUCUCGGUGUGAAUAUGGUCGAGUAUGUCCUUGGCGGCUCGCCUACCGGAAAGGACAUGGAAGGACGAAUGAGAAUGAAAGGGACUUUCGUAAGUCGUUUUCAGAAUACACCUGUAGCGGCCCAGGACCCAAGUAUAGUGGAAGCAUCCACUGAAAAGAAAAGCAAGACACCAUCGCCAUUUGAGGACGACGGCGGUGACCGCGGAGAGGAGAAUAAAGACAUGCAGCAGAAUGGUAUCCUGCAGAAUGGACUGGACGAUGGUCAAGGGUUCAGAGGAGGGAGCAGACAAACCUCCCCUACAGGUGAUGAAGGCAAGGUCCCUCCCCCCCAGCUCCAGCUGGACCCCAGUAAGAUGCAGCUGAAGCCAGAUGGGGACUUCCUGGACCAGCAGCCGUCCUUGGUUGUGCACCAGCAAGGCUUUCAGCUGGACACCCCCCAGUUUGAACCUGUGGGCAUCGAUCCUGGGCAGUUUGACUACAGCAGUCAGCUCAUGCCUUCCAUGGAUAGUCCAAAUUUCAACAUGGAUUACAACCAGCUUCUGCAGCGUCAGCAACAACAGCAGCAGCCCAUUGCUGUACUGACCCAACAGCAGUAUGCAUUGGCAACACAGCAACAGCAACUGGGCUUGGCCCCUACUGCAAUUGCUCCACCCCCCUACGUUCUGAGCGCGCAGGAUCCGUAUACUGUGGGGAUCCCAAUUGCAGGCCCGACAGUAAUUCACCCUCAGUAUUAUGGGGUACAAACACCAUGGGGUAUAUACCCUGCCAACCUCAUACAGCAGCCACAAGGGCAGCAGACCCCCCAGGGCAUGCAGCAACAACAGACGCAGAUGAUGCCACGGCAGAGCAAUGGGAGGCCGCUCACGCCGUCCCAACAGAAUGAUGGCAUGGGAACGCCUCAGACACUUCAAGCACAACCACUUCAGGCUCCAAAUAUGACUGUUGCAGAUGCUGGCUACCAAAUCCUUGCACCUGCUUAUUAUGAUCAAAAUGGACAGUUAGUGAUGGGUAAUCCUCGUGGCAUUGGCACGCCAGUCCGCCUCGUUUCUCCAGCUCCAGUUCUUGUCAGUGCUAAUGCCAAUCAACAAGGUGGGAACAGCUCCAUGGGCAACAACACGCUGCGGCUUCUGACAACUCAGCCUCAGCAAGUUCAGACCCCGCCAGUCGUCUUGUCUAGUAGCAACAGCAACUCCCAGCAACAGAGUAGCUCUUUAGCAGGCUAUACCCCCUCCAGCAGCCUGGGCUACACUCAAGUAACCACCAGUCUGUUCACCCCAAUAGCUGCCAAUCUUAGUCUCAACCCCCAGCAACAGACCAGCUACAGUAGCAACGGACUCGCAAGUCUAGGCUCGUCCACGCCCGGAGCGAUAGGAUCAGGUCAGCGCCGGGAAUCGUUUGACGUGAAGCGGCAACAGCUACCCGUUGGUGGCUAUUACAGCCAACUGAGUGGGAUGGCCUCCCCGGCCGGCCCUGGAGGUCUCAUGCAGCCAGGGCAGUCAAUGACACCGCCCCCAUCACUAUCUGGAUCAACCUCGAAUCUCACACUAGGAUCGUGGGAUAAUUGUGGCCUGGGUGGUAGCGGGCGCCCCUACUCCGCAGCCCCGGGUGCAGAAGCCAAGUACAGAGCUGGACUUAUCUCACCUGCCAAUGGUCUGUUUGGGAACUCCACUUUGUUCCAGAAUCGUAAUUUUGCAUCUCGAAGUGCUAGUUUGUCGAAGGAGGUGACAGGACGUAGCCGUCUGCUUGAGGACUUCCGUAACAACCGUAUUCCAAAUCUCCAGCUGAAGGACCUCGUCAAUCAUGUGGUCGAGUUCUCUCAGGACCAACAUGGUUCAAGAUUCAUUCAACAGAAACUUGAGCGUGCCACUCAUCAAGAAAAGGCGAUGGUGUUCGGAGAGAUUCUCACAGCGGCCUACAGUCUCAUGACGGAUGUCUUUGGAAAUUAUGUCAUCCAAAAAUUCUUCGAGUUUGGAUCCUCCGAUCAGAAGCAGACCCUAGCUCAGCGGGUACGAGGCCAUGUAUUGCCUCUUGCUCUACAGAUGUACGGCUGUCGAGUUAUCCAAAAAGCAUUGGAAUCCAUACCAGCAGACAUGCAGGUUGAGAUUGUGAAGGAGCUGGACGGACAUGUGUUGAAGUGUGUGAAAGAUCAAAAUGGCAAUCAUGUAGUACAAAAGUGUAUAGAGUGUGUAGACCCCAAACAUCUUCAGUUCAUCAUUGAUGCCUUCAAAGGCCAGGUUUUCACACUGUCAACCCACCCCUACGGCUGCCGUGUCAUCCAGCGAAUCCUGGAACACUGCAUGCCUGAACAAACAAUGCCGAUCCUUGAAGAGCUGCAUGAACACACCGAGCGCCUAGUGCAAGACCAGUACGGCAACUACGUCAUUCAGCAUGUUCUGGAACAUGGCCGCCCAGAGGAUAAGAGCAAGAUUGUAACCAUGAUCAGAGGCAAAGUCUUGCUUCUCAGUCAACACAAAUUUGCCAGCAAUGUUGUAGAGAAAUGUGUGUCCCAUUCAUCCCGGCAAGAGAAGGCGUUUCUCAUUGAAGAGGUCUGCUCUAUUAAUGAUGGUGCGCUGUACACAAUGAUGAAGGAUCAGUUCGCCAACUAUGUUGUGCAGAAGAUGAUCGAUGUGGCAGAACCACCACAGCGCAAGAUACUCAUGCACAAGAUCCGUCCUCACAUUGGAACCUUGCGCAAAUACACGUAUGGCAAGCAUAUUCUUGCCAAACUAGAAAAGUUCUUCCUGAAAAACAACUCUGACCUGGGACCCAUUGGAAUGCCCCCAAAUGGAGCACUUCCAUGAAGAGCAUUACUUUUUGUGUCUGAAGAGUAAAAUAGUUUAUACUACUGGGAUCCAAAAACAGACCCUGUUUUAUCAACUGCGAAACAGUUCUGUAUUGGAUAUUUCUACAGAGAUAGAAAUAAGAUUGCGGUUGCGAUAACAAAACCACCCCUAAUGUCCGUUUCCCAGUGUAUACUAAUGUUACUCUUCCGGCUAAUCCUUUUUUGAAAUCCGUUUCUCGGAAAUGAGAUUCGGUAGAAGAUUUUAUUUUUGCUUUCACCUUUCUCAAAUUUGUUUUCGCAUCAAUUUUGCUGACUUUAUUGGUCGAGCGAGAAUCAAACGCCGAGUUUGCAAGUCCGAAGGAGAUGCUCAUUCACAUGCCAGGUUUACAAUAGUAGUUUGUACUAAUGUGGUAUUUUACUUGUUUACACAGUUUGGGAGGUCUAGUUAGGGGUUUUCUCUUUGCUUUUUCUUAACCAUCCAUAGGUAGAUUUUGUGACAGUAUCUAUAUAAUCCAUUAUAUUCUUGUUGUCGCUUGUGUGACUAGUGCCUUUGUGGGUUUGUUGAUCGGGCAGAGGAUAGUAAUUGCAUGUCUGGCUCAAACUGUAGAAAGCUGCUUAGCAGGUUCUUGCAUCAUUAGGAAUCACUUUGAGGGAGUUAACGUUGAAAUUGACUUAAGGACGGAAUUUACAGUUGAAAUUGUUUGAUUUUUAGUAAUUGAUAUACCAGGUGGAGGUGAUCAGUCCCUUUUUGGAGAGAGGUGCUUUGACCAACAAUCAGGUGACAGGUUGACUAUUUGGCUCCUGAUCUUCGUAUGGUAUUAAGUCUGUUGAUGCGAGGGCCCAUUUGGAACCUUGGCAACACCCAUAAGGUUACUGCACCUGCAAUUCUUUAUUGAAUGUUGUUGUGAAUGUUGUACAUUUAUCAGUGUUUUUUUUUUUCCAUUUUUUUUCUCUUCUUCUCAAUGAAGAUAGGCAAUGGGCCAAAGUGAGUAGGAAGGUGGAGAAUUGAGCCAGUUCACAAUUGUUGACCUUGCAGUAACACAGGAUAUUGCUAAAGUUACCUCUUAAACUAUCUUUGUAAGAGUAUAUAUCAUAUGUGAAGUUAGCAGUUGAUAUUUGAGAAUUCUAGAAUAAGGAUUUCUAGCACUAGCUAUGUUCUGUCAUUAUGCACAGCUUGUUGAUGUGAAUACUUAUAAAGUGACAUUAUGUUGGCUUCCAAACUGUAUAACUUGUCUGAAUGGUAAGGUUAAAGCUCUGCUUCACUUCAUUCUGCAGAAUAGAUAGGUGAAAGUCUCAAAAUAGUUGAUUUGUACAUUGCAACCCGGUUCAACCAAAGAUCUUGAUUUAUUUGAAUAAAGACAAACUACUUAGAUCCUUUAGUUCCUCUGCCAAUAUGUAUAUAGAAAGAUACAAUAAUCCGCCAGUGGAGACAAGGCAGGUGGUGAACUGAGUCAGCUUGGUGAUCAGCCCAUCCAACCAUAGCUCAUAAGCAGCUGUCAUAAUGUCCGUAGGAAUGUCAUCCAUACUCCAUGAAAAGGACUUUCCCCCAAGUACUUAACUCUCUUAAAGAAGUACAUAUUUCUGUCAGUAUAAAUACUCUUAAAGAAGUACAUAUUUCUGUCAGUAUAAGAAUGUAAUCUCGUUUUUCAUUGGUCAGCAUACACCAAAGUUCCUAUAUUGUCCUGGUACGCCUCUGUGUAGAUUAGACAUAACCAUGUUCUUGUAAAUCAGGAAAAAUAAUCAGCAAGAUUUCAAUACAGUGAAACGAUAUAUAUUGUGAUUGACUUAGGCAUGGAGUAUGGAUCUUCUACCUUAGAAAUUGUCCGAGUGAUCUUGUAAUCUAAACGUAACAAAGGCUGUUGCACUGGAAUAAUAUUGUAUGGAUGUGUCAGAAUUAGAUACGUCUUUAUUGAAAUUAUUAGUUUCUCAGAGCCAGUGAAGAGAGAUAUUACAGGUCACUGAAUAUUCUUCUUGUAACUGAUCAGGUAGUUCUCUAUUUCUGUCUGUUUGGGAAAUUUUCAUGCCAAAGUUUGCCACAUCCAUCCACCUGUGACACAACAGGAAUCAAAAAAGCAUUUUGUGUUGGAAUCAAAUAAUAACUACAGGCAACUGUUGAAUAUUUUGUAUCUAUUGCAAAAAGGAUUCAUUGUAUAUAACAUUGUCAAACGACUUGAAACUCAUUUGUACAAUCUAGCAUUAUUCUCCAAAAGAUCUGGUUUGUAAAAAAAAUAUCUUUGAAUGUUGUCUCCGAAAAUCUGAUUUUCAUGAGUUUAAAGGAGGACUGUAAUAUAUAUUUAGAUGUGUAAAACUAUAGUGUUCAAACCAUAACAUUGUACAAUAGCGUUUACAUUCUGGUGAUGUAUGUUAAGAUGAGAUCAUUAACAUCUCCAACAUAAACUUGUACAAAUCUCACAAGUUCCAUUUCAAACAUGCGAUCUGUCUCGCUUUGUAAAUUUUUACAUAUAAAACCUUACAUACAGUGUAAAGAAAAAGGAAUUUUGACAAUGUACUUCAUUUUCUGCAUCAACUUGUUUUCCCAUCUAUAUUUUGUUUGUCAAUCAACUAGUGAUAGUUCUAGAUAUCAAAGUAUCUGGUAUUGAAUUGGAAAAGUGAUGAAAUUAGUGCUGCAAGAUAUUUUUGCAGGGCCAAGAAAUUGUAAAAGAAUUGGUUCUCAGGCAGUGGUUGUUAAGUACUGGUAACCAUGGGGAUAAUUUCCCAACCAUGCUAAGUGAGUUGUCCUGAACCCAGAAAUAUAGAUCUUUACAUUUUGUCUGUUUGCUUACACUCAAUGCCUGAGAACCAAUCGGAUGAAUUUAUUUUAGUAAGUCCUGUCUGUUCAAGUUAUAAGGGUACAUACAAUACAGUUCUUGUACAAAACUUCUGAUGCUGUGGAUGCACAUACGUGGCUAGUUCCCUGUCAAUUCAACUAGACUGUCAUCCGGCCUCGAACCCAUCUCUGAUACUGAAGGUCUGAAGACAAUAUUGUUAGGUUGGUAUGUUUUGGCAUUCGAGUGGACAAAGAGACCAAUUUCAACCGUUAAUAUCAGAGAUGGGUUCUUUCAGGACUUGCGUAUAUUAAACAAACUUGUUCAUCACUGCCUAUGCAACUGCUUGUACAGCUGUCGCCAGAAACUUAAGGUUGUACCAACCAACCUUCCAGGUGUAAAGUGUAAAUAGAGACAGAACAGUGUAUAGAAAGAUUUGUAUAAAAUCAUGGUGGCCAACUCAUUGUAUGUAAAUUUCUCCCAUCUAACCUGCGUGUAUGCCACACACUCUCCUUGUAAGCUACCCACCUUUUUGUAAAGAGAUAUUCAAGUAUUUUGUAAUGGUUAUGUUCAUAAAAUCACUUUUGUAACAUUAUGUGCAUAGGAAUUCAAUGGCCUUAAUUUUCUAUCAGCUUGUACAAAUGUAAAGAAGCCGGUGUAACCGCUGUGUAAAGAUACAAACCAUACUGGUGCUAUAUAUAGAGGAUAAGAUUAAAACCUAUUAGAUUUGAAACGUCAAAUAAUCUUGUACAGAGGGACUCGUCUGAACGAGGGAAGUAUCACUAUGUAAAUUUGGAGCUCCACCAUCCUUUGUGAAUAUGGCACAUUUCUCAAUGAAACUCUGAUAGUCCAUCCUGAUCAGCUACUGGACUGGACCUGCCGACCCAACAUUCAAAUCUCACUGCAGGGGAGAUAACUGCUUCCUACUUUUCAUUUUGUGUUGCGUACAGUCGAAAGCUGCACAAGUUGUUACCCACUGGAAUAGUUCAGGGUCUCGAUUAACAACAUUCCAAUGUUUGCUAUUUCAAUAUCCUGUGCCUAUACUGGAAGAAAGUUUCUGUCACAGCAUGGUUAAAAUCCCCUGCAGUGAUAUUGGGUUGAGUCGUCAACCAGUCAAUGUCGGUAAUCAGGUUUUGCCCUUGAAAGGUGUAUGACUGACUGUUGCUGGUAACCAGUGCCCCAAGUUUGCGGGACAGGAGGCAUAGGUGUAUAUUAUUAUGUUGCAUUUAAUAACGUUGUCUGUGUUUAUCAUAUAAUCCUAUUGUAAUAUUUCAUAUAUAUUUCCCAUUUUUUUUUGCACUCAUCUGUAGUUAGUAUUGUAAUAUUUUUGUGAAAUUUGUCAAUAGUCGGCCAAAUGAAAUAAACAGCAGCAGGUGUACAUUAUUACUCUCUCGUGUAGAUUGACAUGUGUACAAAUGUACAUUUUGUAAAUCGGAUUUGCUAUCUGACAGUUUUAUAUAUUAAUAUGUACAGAGAUCACUUUCGUUAUUAAAACCCAGGAAACAUUUCGCAUCAUUUGUACAAAUGUCACUAACUAUCACCAAUGAAUUUGAGUAUUUUCAAAUUUUAUUCUAGUUGUGCUAAGUUUGCACUAAAAUUGGGACCUGUUAUUUUCAGCUGUUCAAACCAUUGGUAACAUUGAAUACAUUUCUCAGUAUUUUGUGCAUGUUGUUUUCUUAUCAUAGACAGAAUGUCUUGCAAGGUAGCAUUUUUGGUUGUAACAUAUCUUCAAAGACUUCAUUUCCCUUUCUACUCUGUUUUAUAAGUUCUUGUGGAAAGGGCUUUUUGUACUGGAGUUUCAGUGGCAUGGUUUCACACUUUCACCUUGGAAAUAUUUAUCUAGUCACUGUGGAACUACUGUUAAAUGGAAGAAAUACCUGGCUUUGUCCUUUCUAUUUAAAAAUAAUCCGAUUGUUUGAAUUUUACUUCCUAGUUUGUCCUGACUUCUUAAAGUCAGGAGAAAUUCUAUUGCCUAUGGCUUGAUGCUUGUGUGAUAUAUAUAUAUUUUAACCUCAGAAUUGGAUUUGAAGUGGUCUGAUAUUGUCCUGAAGGCACUUGACAGUUACUUUCUGACACAUUUAAUCAAGGAUUUAACAUUUUACCUUCUUACAUAUUUAAUAUGUCCAUGCUUUGAUGUUUUAUUUGUCAACAGCACAGGGCCCAAAUUGAUAUGCUGUAGAGGUGUUGGAUAGACUUGAUGUAGCAUGCGGAAAUGUUUUCCUUAACAUUUUUUUCAAAUCCCUGGGGUAAAGCUGUUUGUCUCAACCCCCUUACCAUGAAUGGUUCUUCCAACAAAGCAGGGGUAUUUGGUAAGAUAGUGCUAUGUGUUUAUCUAGAUAUUCUAUUUGCCUUGAAUUUUCCCCUUUGACUAGGUAUGUGUUUGCCAUUAUUCCAUAUAUCAUUGUGUGCAUGUAUGUUUUGUAGAUUGGAACAGAAAGAUAAAUCAUACUUGUAUAUUGUUCAAUGUGUAUUGUAAUGUAAUUUAGCUUCUGUAUAUUUGUCCGAUACAAAUCAUGUAUAUUUAUCAGGUUUUUAUUCCCUAUUUAACAGUAACUGCUGUUUAUCUUGUAAAAAUGUAUGAAUCGUUUUGGGGAGUUCACAUCUACAUUGUGAGUCACGGGCCGAACCAGCUGUAAACAGUCAAUUUCAUCCAUUGCAUCAUGUAGUCUUGCCAAACUCUACAACCCCACUGGUAGCUUUGGUAAAUGUACAUGCUGUAUAAAGAUUGUACAAGUGUAAGAAGCCGUGUUUUGCUAUAGACAAAUAAAGUUAUCAUAUGAUUGUGAA